AUUGUACAAUCAGACGUUUGUCAUGCUCCAUAUUUUACAUUGUUACGCGUAUCAGCCAGAUCACUCAAUUCCUACACGGACUUUACGUCUGAGCCAUUUCUUAUAUAUAUAAGUGGUAACAUUAUCUUAUUCUCUCAUCCCAUGCCUACAGCCAUGGCUUUACAUGGCCACAAACACCUGCAACUGGAGAUGGGUUCCCAGGCAGAACUCAAAUCAAGGGAUAAUAACCAUGAGAAAAGCAAAGAGAAUGGAGCAGCUGUCUUAGAAGGUUUGACUCACCAGCCUGAUGCCACAAAAAUGGCAGUGUCAGUCCACAAAAAGGAGGAAGAAGAAGAAGGGAUCAAACAGCCAGGAGGGUGGAAAACCAUGCCUUAUAUCAUAGGAAACGAGGCGUGUGAGAAGUUGGCAACCAUAGGUCUUUCUUCAAAUAUUGUGGUGUAUUUAACUUCAAAAUUCAACAUGCCCAACGUGGAGGCUUCGUUUAUUAUCAAUGUAUGGACAGGGACAACCAACAUCGCCCCAUUGCUAGGCGCCUUCCUCUCUGAUUCUUACAUCGGUCGUUACUGGACCAUUGCCCUGGGCUGCAUAGCCUCUCUAAUUGGAAUGUUUCUUCUUAGCCUGACGGCCAUAUUUCCUAGCUUGAGACCACCUCCAUGUGAUACUGGAAAAGCGCCAUGUGUGGGUGCAUCGUUAGAUCAAAACGUCCUACUUUACUCCUCCUUUGCAAUGAUGGCCAUCGGUGCAGGUGGGAUCAGGCCAUGCUCCAUAGCCUUCGGAGCAGAUCAAUUCGACUACACAAGUGAAAAGGGAAAGAGAAGCAUACAGAGCUUCUUCAACUGGUACUAUUUUUCCUACACCAUAGCGGUGAUGAUAUCAGUCACAAUCAUUGUUUAUAUUCAGAAUAGCAUAAGCUGGAGUUGGGGACUGGGCAUUCCCUCCGCUCUAAUGUUCUUCUCUGUGACCUGCUUCUUCCUCGGUAAAAAGAUUUAUAUUCUUGUCAGUCCUGAAGGAAGCUCCUUCACCAGCUUUGCACAGGUAAUAGUUUGUGCAAUAAAGAAACGGCAUCUACGCUUACCUUCGGAGCAGGCUGUGGCAGAGGAUUUCUAUGACCCUCCGAUGAAAGGAAGCCUCAAAUCAAGGAUGGCUCUUACCCACCAGUUCAUGUUUCUGAAUAAAGCUGCGUUAAAAACAGAACAAGACUUGAAAUCAGACGGAUCAGGGGUAGAUCCUUGGAGAUUAUGCAGUCUUCAGCAAGUGGAAGAGCUAAAGUCAGUGAUAAGAAUAGCACCCAUAUGGCUAUCUGGCAUAAACGUCAACGUCUGCGUGGCUCAGCUCAACACAUUCUCUGUAUUGCAGGCCCUAACAAUGGACAGACACCUGGGCAAGAACUUCGAAGUCCCUGCGGGUUCAUUCCAGAUCUUCACCAUGCUGGCGCUCACUUUAUUCUUACCCUUGUAUGACAGAGUGAUCAUGCCAUUCACGAGGCGAAUGAGCAAGGGAGGAAAUGGGAUAAGCCUUUUGCAGAGAAUCGGGGUGGGAUAUUUCUUGUGCAUUCUAUUCAUGGCAUUGGCGGCGGUGUUUGAGACAAAGCGGAGGAACGUGGCAUUGAGCCACGGUUUAAUGGAGAAGCCCAAGGCUGUAAUUCCCAUGUCGGCCUUAUUUUUGGUUCCACAGUAUUCCGUGGCCGGGCUGGCAGAGGCAUUCAGCUCAAUCGGACUCAUCGAGUUUUUGUACAGUCAGUUCCCGGAGAACAUGAGGAGUGUGGCCGGUGCGCUUUUUUUCUUGAACAUUGGAAUCGGUAAUUAUGUGAGCAGCUUUCUAGUUAGCAUAAUACAUAACAACACUGGCGGACGGCAUGGAGAAAGCUGGCUUGGUCAGAACCUGAAUAAGGGCAGACUGGAUUACUUUUAUUGGCUUCUUGUAGGGCUCGGAGCUGUCAAUUUGCUUUAUUUCCUCGCCUGCGCUCGCUGGUACAUAUACAAAACUGUCGUCCCUACUCAAACUGAAACAAUCGAAAGCAGCAAAAAGUUAUCACCAGUGUGAUUAGAAUCAGUCUUAUGAGCGCGAUUAUACGGACACAGCCUUUAAUGGCACGUUAGUUGUUCUGCCUUCAUCGUUAAACUUGAUAUAUAUAAAAUAUAAUUAGAUGAGGAUCACGUUUAGUCAAGUGUAUCUAUGAUUCUAAAUUUAUAACAUAUUUUAUAUUGAUUGGAGUCGCCAACACAAUUGGAAUUAUUUAUGUUUCACGUAUUUCCCUUUUACCAGAGAUGUCUACUUUAUUAAUUGAUCCCUUCUCAUAUCUAUGAAUGGUUUAUAGCAGAGAGAAAUUAUGAUGUAUUUAUCUCUUAAAUAAUCAGUAUGGUUUUUAAUUUUUAGA